UCCUCACUCUCUCCCACACCAUAAACCAGAGCCAAGCUCUCUCUUCUUCUCUAACAUUCCAAAACUGUGUGUUUUUGUCUAAGCUUUAAUGGCGAAGGACGUUGAAGUUGCCGAGCGGGGUUCCUUCUCAGCCAAGGACUACCAUGACCCGCCUCCAGCUCCGCUCUUCGACUCGGUUGAGCUGACCAAAUGGUCGUUCUACAGAGCUGUCAUAGCUGAGUUCAUAGCAACCCUUCUGUUUCUCUACAUCACUGUGCUGACUGUGAUCGGGUACAAGUCCCAAAGCGAGACCGACGACUGCGGCGGAGUUGGGAUUUUGGGUAUUGCCUGGGCCUUUGGAGGCAUGAUCUUCAUCCUCGUUUACUGCACUGCUGGAAUCUCAGGGGGUCACAUUAACCCGGCUGUGACUUUUGGGCUGUUCUUGGCCCGGAAGGUGUCGCUGGUCCGAGCUGUGAUGUACAUAGUGGCUCAGAGUUUGGGUGCCAUAGCCGGAGUUGGGCUAGUCAAGGCUUUCCAGAGUUCUUACUAUAAAAAGUUUGGCGGUGGAGCCAAUACGCUUGCUGAUGGAUACAGCACUGGAGUUGGAUUGUCUGCUGAGAUUAUUGGGACCUUUGUGCUGGUUUACACUGUUUUCUCUGCCACUGACCCAAAGAGGAGUGCUAGAGAUUCCCAUGUUCCGGUUUUGGCACCACUUCCAAUUGGGUUUGCUGUGUUCAUGGUUCACUUGGCCACCAUCCCAAUCACCGGCACUGGCAUCAACCCCGCUAGAAGUCUUGGAGCUGCCGUUAUCUUAGACGACAAGAAGGCUUGGGAUGACCAGUGGAUCUUCUGGGUUGGACCCUUUAUUGGUGCAGCAAUUGCAGCUUUCUACCACCAGUUCAUCUUGAGAGCAGGAGCUGUUAAGGCGCUAGGGUCAUUCAGGAGCAACCCCCAUAAUUGAACAUUUUCAGAGUCACUAUGAAAGAUGUGGUUUCAAGCCUUUUAGGUCGGGAAACAAUGGAAGAAGAGUCUGUACUUUUGAAAAGAAUAACGGGGUAGUAUUUGUGGUAGCUAGCUAAUUAUGCUUGUGUAUGGAGGUUAAAUUUUCUUUUCCUGGUGUCUCAAUUUGGUCUAGUAGAGGGAUUGAGGGAGCCAUUGAAUUGUAGAUACAGUCCAGGUGGAGAAGGGGGAGCUUUUUGUGUACCCCUUGAUGUUUCUUUAAGCACUUUCCUUUGAAUCUACUUCAAUGUUAUUGUCAUCAAUUUCUGCCUU